AUGAAUGGAAGCAAAAGCUCUUCAAAGGCGCCUGUACAUAAUGAUAAGCCGACUUUGAAUUUGAAAAUGCUUUCUUCACCUUUUUCUGAAAGGAGGGAAAUGAAGGAAAUAAAAAAGUUUGCUCGUUUUUUUUUAGAAGGGGAAAUAAUGAGAGAAUUUUUAAUGGAUGAAGAUAAUUGGCUGUUCAUACAAAAUGUAAAAAUAAAAUUAAAAGAAAAUCCUAAUGAGAUAGACAGUUGGUUAGAUCAUCAAUUACACAAAGCUAAAUGUAAUUCAGGAAAUUCCUUUAACACGGAUGUAAUACCACCAUUUCAUCAUAUAAAGAAAAACAUUGAAUAUAAUAGUUUGAAAGGAGAGAAAGAAUCUGAAAAGAAUUACUAUUCAUGUAAUGGUAUUGUUAAAAACAUUAUGUCUGCUGAUAGUAGUGUCGUACAUACUACUGUGGAUAGAGUGGGAGAAUUAGGAAAAGAAAGCAUAAUAAUUGAUAAGGAAGAAAUAAUAGACAGAGAGGGUAUAAAAGGUAGCGAUAUAAUAAAUGAUCUCCUAGCACAUAAACGGGAAAAAAGAGAGCAGAAAAGGUACCAACAAGAAAAACAAGAAAGACAAGAACAAGAAAGACAAGAACAAGAAAGACAAGAACAAGAAAAACAAGAACAAGAAAGACAAGAACAAGAAAGACAAGAACAAGAAAAACAUGAUCAAGAAAAACAUGUUCAACAAGAACAACAUCAACAACGACAAAGAAAAGUAAGUAGUAAAAUGAAAAUAGCAUAUAAUAACAAUGAUGUGAAGGAUACCUCUAAUUUUUGUGAAAUGAUAAAUAAACAUAAGGAGCAAAAUCAUUUAAACAAAAAAAAUAUUGUACCGAAUAACAAAGAGGAGCCGGAUAUGCAUGUACUAAGCGAACCAAUAAAUGACCGUUUAAACAGCUGUAUAAGUAAUGAAAAAGAUUACAUAAUCAAGAAAAGACUAAAUGAAAGGGAAUCGAGUGGCAUAAACACAGAUUCUGCUUUUACUUGUAAUUCAGGUGCUAAUAAAAAUACAAUGACCAUGAAAUAUCGGCAUAGUGUGGAAAAUGUACGAACUAAUGAUGCAUUUAAGCAAAAACAGAACAACGAGAUUAAUUCGUAUGAUAGUAACAAAUGCAUCGAUUUGACUAAUAACAGGGAAAAAAAAAAAAAAAAAGAAAAGAAUGAAAUAACUGCAGUAAUGUAUAAUUAUAUUGUACCAGAUGAUAGUAAGAAAAAUUUUAAAAAGGAUAACAUUGACACAGAUUUUAUCAGCAAUGAUAUUUCUCGUAUUGACCCUGUUAUGCAUAACAAUAAGUACAACGUUGAAAAGGAAAAAAGUGAAAUACAUGGAGGAAGUGAAAACCGAAGCAACAUAUUUUCUAAUAUGGAAACUAACACACUAAAUGAUGAAAUAACUAAAAAUAUGAAAAAGGAGGUAGAAGAGAGGAUAAGUAAGGAUGACCUUCUUCACGUAAGCGGUGGAUGGAUGAAAAAUGAUAUAAUUGAGAAACAGGGAAGUAAAAGGAAUAAGGAUGGACCCCCAAAAAAAAAUAAACAAGGACAGCUUAUGUUAAACCAGAACAAGGAGAUGGGAGACGCACUGAUAGGAGUGUAUGAAAAUGCGCAUAAUAAUAUACACAGUAAUUAUAAACAUAAUAAUGUUAGUAAUAAUGAUAAUAAUGGUAGUAGUAAUUAUAAUGAUGAUAAUAAUGAAGAUAUUAAUGAAGAUAUUAAUGAAGAUAAAAAUGUUGAUAAUAAUUAUGAUAAUAAUAAUUAUGAUGAUGAUGAUGAUAAUAAUAAUAAUAACAAUAAUGGCUGUAAUAACAAUAAUGAUAGCAAAGAUAAUAAUAAUAAUAAUAAGGAUAGCAAUGAUAAUAAGGAUAGCAAUGAUAGUAAUAAUAAUAAUGGUGCACUAGGUGAAAAUAAUAAAAUAUAUUUGAAAAGUGCAAAGACGCAUGCAGAAAUUUUAAUACCAAAGAUGACAGUAAAAAUUGGAAGGUUAAUAAAUGAAGACACAGAUAUAAAACUAAAAAAGAUAUUUAUGGUAUGUAAUAAUAAAAUGUAUUUAGAAUCCUUUGAAAAUUUAAUAGUAGUAAAUUUUUUAAAGAUAGGUAGAUAUAUGAGUCAUACCUUGUUUUCUCGAAUUGAGAAAGUAAAUGAAGAUUUUAUAACAUAUGAAGAUACAAGAAAAUAUUUCUGUAAUCGUUUUAUUGAUGGAACAAAGGAUCCAAGUUAUUACAAUGAUGAUAGAUAUAGUAGCUCAUUUAAUAAAAGUAAAAAGGAUAUACAUGGUGAGAAUAGUUCUCCUCCGUUAUGUAGUAUAAGAGAAAAUGAAUGUAGGAAAAAAGAAUUAUCUUUGGAUGAUAUGGAAGAUGUAGUAGAUAUAACGUCAAAUCAUAAAGAAGAGCAUAUAGAAGUGCCUUACAAAAAAUGCUCUAUUGUAAAUUUUUUUAAUGCAAUAAAAGGGGAUAAUAAUAAAGACUACCUAGAAUUCAAAGAUUUUGAUAUAUAUCUAAGGGAAGUAUUAAGAAGGAAUAAAUCGUUACAGUUUUUAUUAGAACAUGCAGAGUUUUUAGAAAGAUAUAUAGAAUCUGUAAUAGUUAGAAUAUACUAUCAUAUAGAUAUAAAUGAUACGAAUAAAAUAUAUUUAAAUGAUUUGAGAAAACAUGAUUUAGCUCAUAUAUGGUGUUGUCUAGAUGAUACAAUAAAAGUUCAGCAUGUAAGACAGUAUUUUAGUUAUUCUCAUUUUUAUGUGUACUAUUGUACUUUCUGUCAGACUAGUAGUUGUAAAGAUAUGUUAAUAGAUGACAAUGAUUUAUAUCGGUUUGACAAUCACUCAUUAAAUGAUUUUAUAGUUAAUAGAAUAUGGUCAAGGAUAUCAAUGAAAUUAGCAGGACCUAAUCAAAAAUAUAUGUGCUUAAAUGACUGGAUAUAUUUUAUUAUGAAUUAUGAAGAUAUGACUACUAACAGAUCUAUAGAAUUUUGGUUUAAAUUAAUUGAUUUAGAUGCUGACUGUGUAAUAAGAGAUCAUGAAAUUCAAGUAUUUUUUAAUAUACAAAUGGAAAGAUUAAAAUCCCAUUAUUUAGAGGAACCCAAAUUUGAAGAUUGGUUAUGUCAAAUGAAUGAUGCUAUUCAACCAUCAAAUGAAGGAAAUUUUACUCUAUCCGAUUUUAAAAAAAAUAAAAAAUAUGCUGCUAAAUUCUUUGGAUGUUUAGUUAGUUUAUCCAAAUUAUUAGCAUGGGAGAGUAGAGAUGCCCACAAAGAACUACAAAUUGAAACGGAGUAUCCUCAUUGGACGCCUUGGGAAAUUUUUUGUAAAACGAAAUAUGAUGAAUUGUGUUAUAAUGAAAAUGAAAGUUACUAUGAUGACAAUUUUAACUCCUACGACGACUAUGACUCAAAAAAUGUGUACAUGUAG